AUGGAAGAAGGUGUCGAUUUCUGUUAUAUUGGGACGAGCAGCAGCGAAAGCGGCGGCAUCAGCGGCGGAGGCAGUAGCGGCGGCAGCAGCGGCAACAGCAGCAGCGGCAGCAGCGGUGGCGGCAGCGACAGCAGCAGCAGUGCAGCAGCAGCAGCAGCGGCGGCGGCGGCAGUGGCGGCAGCAACGGCAAUAGCGGCAGAGGCGGCGGCAGUGGCAGCAGCAGCAGCGGCGGCAGCACCGGCGGCAGUAGCAGCGGCCGCGAUGGCAGAGGCAGCAGCGGCGGCGGCGGUAGCUGCGGCAGCGGCGGCAGCGGUAACGGAGGCAGCAGCAGCUGCAGCGACGGCGGCAGCAUCAGUAGUAGGAGUAGUAGUAGUAAUAAUAGUUAGUAGUGGUUUGUAG